CUCGCAUCCGCCCUCUUGCUACGCAAGUGUACUGCCGGCCGGCCCAACUGGGACAAGCCAACACUGACCGACCCCGACGCGAUGCCUCUCGCUCUGGAUGAUGACUCCCCCUCGCCGGCCCGAACCGCCUCUCCGGCAGCCCGUCUGUCCCUGUCCUCCUCCGAUCACCACCGGCACCCUUCGGCCGCGUCCCGGGCUCCGCGCCCAACGCCUCCCGGCGCCCGCCGCCUCUCCUCCGCUGCUGCCGCCCCGCGCGAACCACCAUCAUCCUCUCCCCCCUCCUUCUCCUUCUCCAUAAGAUCCCUCUUCGCCGACCUCGUCUCCGUAGCCACCGCGCUCCUGCAGCAGCUGGUCCGGCUGUACCUGACCCUGACGCCGCCGCAGCGCGCGCUGGUGGUGAUCGCGGGCGCGGCCGCGCUCGCCCUCUCCGUCGUCUUCCUCGUCCUGUCGCACCGCAUCUUCGCCUGGCUCGGCCCGCUCGCCGCCGGCUGGCGCGCCCACCCGGCCGGCUGGCCGCUCGUCUGGCUGGCCACCUUCGCCACCGCCUUCCCGCCCGUCAUCGGCUACUCGACCUGCGUCACCGUCGCCGGCUUCGUCUACGGCUUCCCCUGGGGCUGGCCGCUGGCCGCCAGCGCGACCGUCGCCGGGUCCGCCGCCGCCUUCCUCACCAGCCGCGGCGUGUUCGCCGGCUACGUGCAGCGGCUGGUCGGCAAGGACCGGCGCUUCGUCGCGCUCGGCCAGGUGCUAAGGCGCGACGGCCUCGGCGUGCUCGUCAUGAUCCGGCUGUGUCCGCUGCCGUAUAGCCUGAGUAAUGGGUUCCUGGCCACGGUGGGGAGCGUGAGGGCGAGAAGCUUCGCGCUGGCUACGGCCGCGGCCACGCCGAAACUGCUGAUACACGUCUUCGUCGGCUCGCGGCUCGCGCUGCUGGCCGAGUCGGGCGACAAGAUGACGGGCUUCGACCGCGCCAUCAACUUCGUCAGCAUGGGCCUCUUCGGCGUGCUCGGCUUCUGCGUCGGCCUGCUCAUAUACCGCCGGACCAUGGCGCGGGCGGCGGAGCUGGCGCGCGAGGCCGAGUUGGAGGCCGGCGACGCGCUCCUGGACGGCAGCAGCAACCCGGCAGAGGGCGACGACGAAGACCUGGAGCAGGGCGUGAUGCUCGGCGAUGACGACCUGGAGAACGGCCGGAUGGUGCACCCGGACGAGCUGGAUGCUGCCGCGCUCAUGGAAGACGACGACAUCUCGCUGUGGGAUACGGCCGGCGACGGCGGGUACAGGGACAGCUGGGAUGACGGCGCCGCUGUCGGUCAGGGCGCCGGUGCCAAGGGCGUCGGGGCGAAUGGGCACUGAGGCCGAAGGAGGUAUCAACGGCGUCCACACGUAGUAGAAAGAAUGGGCUGUGAGAUGUAUAUAUGCCGGCCGGUCUUGUCAGGCCUCGGUCAGUCAGUUUGCUGAGGGUUUUCGCAUGAAGCGGCGUUGGAGUUUGGAGAUGUGUUAUUUCACACGGUUGGCGCCUAGGAUCUGGGAUAGACGGCGGCUAUA